AAGAGUACCUAGAGAAGAUGGACUUUUCUCCGGGAGGGACUAAGCUCCUGAGAAGGGGAAGACCUUUGAAAAACAAAACGAACAAUUUCAAUGCUAAAUUAUUGAGUGAAAAAUCAUUAAGCGAUGAUGAGAAUGAGUUUCAUGUUGACGGAGAUGACGGAGAUGAAAUUGAAGGUGCGUUGAUGAGGAGUGCUGAGGGAGCAACAGAGGAUAGCACUGAGGUAGGAGAAACGCCUGAGAGAGGAAAAAAGCCACGAAAUGAGCUGAGUCAAGAGCGAGAUGGGGACGUGCGGGAGAUAAGAGAAAAGCGUCAUGAGAGACUCGCUCAAAUUUACGCGAUCUCCGAAGGAAAGACUGAAGACGAACUUGAAAUCGAAAGAAAACCCCAAAAGAUACGCAAGACCAUUGACGAUAAGGAAUAUAAUCUGCUUCCUCCAGCCCGCGGACGUGGUCAUGAAAUUGAAAUCUAUCCAAGUACAGGAAUCUUCCUGAAGAAGAGGUGGGUCCGGAGAGCCAUUUUGCGGAGCGGAAAUAAACCCCGAGACCUUAUUUGCGAACUCUUGCGAUGCCUCCUUGGGAACCGUUUGGAAAACAUGACAAUCUACGGUGGCAAAGAUAAGGAUCCAAUUCCCAAGGAGGUGUAUCACAGUGGAAGAUGGGCUGUUAAUAGUUGGGUUCAACGCGAUUAUAGAUUGGACGAGGUCGAGUACCGACGCUGCGUUACUCAGCUGUGUACUCGGAGUCGUUCAAACUAUAAAAAACAACCGCAGAAUAAUGGCAACGUUAUUGAACAUCGGGGAGAGGAACGACGACCCAUGGACCAUCCUAUAGAUGUAAUUCCAGAAACGAUUGAGGAACUGGAAGCCACACAGCCCGAAUAUCAAAAGAUGAAACAAGUUCAGAAACAACAGCCUGUUGGGUUCCUCAAUCGAAGAAUAUAA